AAUGAGAACUGCAGGAAACCCGUCAAGGGCUGUGAACUUCUAGAGACAUCCCCAGAGAGCAGCGCACAAUGUCGACUGCGGGAGUUGCUGCUCAGGAGAUGAGAGUCCCACUGAAAACUGGGUUUCUUCACACUGGUCAAGGCAUGGGGAGUCUGAAAACCUGCUGGGGUAGCCACAGUGGAUUUGAAAAUACUUUCUUUAAUGUGGAUCCUAUAGCAGUGGCAUAUAACUUGAAUCCAUCAACAGAGCAACACUUACGAUCCAUUGGGCACUCUUCCAACCACGCUUCCAUGAAUGACCACAGCUUUGCUGAAAGUUGCAUCCAAGUCCCACCUCAGAAAUCCAGUCCACCUCCUCCAAGUCCCAAAAGUGAACAGCUGAUUUCAAGAUAUGAAGACCAUCUCGUUCCUGGCUUUAGUAAACUGUCAUUAACCAUGGGCUGUGUUUCUGAAGAAACACCUCCUCACAUGCCAAUAAAAAAUGGGCCAAUUCAAUUUCUGUCUGCAUCUUCCAAUGACCGUAGCUCCAGGCCACUACCCCCUCUGCCUAGUUCUAUAGACCCUACUCCAGAUGAGGUUGACAAAGAGGUGGAAUUCCUGACUAGCUCAGAUACUGACUUUCUGUUAGAAGACCGGGAACUUCCUCCUUUUAAAUCUAGUGCUCCAAGCCGGCGUAGCUUUAGGGGCUGUGGGCAAAUCAACUAUGCGUACUUUGAUACUCCAGCGGGACCAAAACCAGAAGAUUCCAACCCUACACAAAGCCUAAAUGGAUACGUAUCCGGUAUUUAUCCUCCUCCACAGCAGCUGCAUCGACGUUUGCGGAGGUCCCAUUCCGGGCCAGCUGGAUCUCUUAAUAAACCAGUAGUGAGACUAUCUGGACACUUAAACAGGUCUUCUCCAAACUCUGAUGAAGAUAAACCAGAGAUUCCACCAAGGGUUCCCAUACCUCCACGGGCUCUCAAACCAGAUUACAGAAGGUGGUCAGCAGAAGUUGCUUCUAGCGCAUACAGCGAUGAAGACAGGCCUCCGAAAGUGCCCCCAAGAGAACCUCUGUCAUGCAGCAAUUCCCGCACGCCAAGUCCCAAAAGCCUGCCGUCAUACCUCAAUGGGGUUAUGCCCCCCACCCAGAGCUUUGCACCUGAUCCGAAGUACGUCAGCAGCAAAGCUCUACAAAGACAAAACAGUGAAGGAUCUUACAACAGGGUUCCUUGCAUUCUUCCAAUUAUUGAAAAUGGUAAGAAGGCCAGUUCAACACACUACUACCUGCUGCCUGAAAGGCCUCCAUAUUUGGAUAAGUAUGAGAAGUUCUUCAGAGAAGCAGAAGAAAGCAGCUCUAACACAGAGGUUCAGUCCUGGUCUGGUGACUGCACAGCUACUUCAGCCCCCACAAAACUGGACUCAAAACCUAGAGUGGACAUAGCUGGUCAUCCAAAACGAAAACACCUAUCUUACGUUGUUUCCCCAUAG